CUUGCUCAUGAUCAUCUCUAGAGAAAGCAUCACUCUGUACAAUUCUGCAAGAGAACUUUUGCCUGAAGCCCGCUAACUUCAGCCGAAUACUAAACCGUGUGCGCCAAUCCAGCCAAAAGUUGGAAUAUUCUCCCACACAUCUGGAUAACCCUGCCAGGUAUCCCUUGUCUGCACCAGCAACUCCACCGCUCACACAGCGGGACCGACGACCAGCUACUUCCCGACUCAGCUACAUAUCUCUAACGCAAAUCAGUGUUGUGCCUGCCCGCACAACACUAUAAGGAUGGAUUUCUACUCACUAGUAACCGUCCUCUUGGUGAUUCUCAUAACUGUCGUGUUGGCUAAGUAUACAAAGAUCUUGUUGGACAGGUCGGAGCUGCCUCCUGGACCAACUCCUCUUCCCAUCAUUGGUACUCUUCACCUCAUGAACUUAAAUGAUAUUGUGAAGUCUCUACUGGAUUUGUCCAAAAAAUAUGGUGACAUAUUUACAGUAUAUGAAUGGAGCCAACCAGUUAUUGUGCUAUGUGGUCAUAAAGCCAUCAAAGAGACUUUAAUUGACAAAGCAGAAGAGUUCAGUGGUCGGGCCUAUUAUCCUGUGUUCUUCGACGUUACCAAAGGAGAUGAUAUAGCGUUUAGUAAUGGUGAACAAUGGAAGGAGCUGAGGCGUUUUGCCAUGCUGACGUUGGGUAAUUUUGGUGUUGGAAAAAGUAGCUUUGAGGAGAGGAUACGGGAGGAGGCCCAGUACCUGACUGAUGUGCUGAAAAAAUCAAAUGGAUCCCCAAUAGAUCCCAAUUACCAUAUGGAGCGUUGUGUGUCCAAUGUUACUUGCUCUGUGAUGUUUGGUAGUCGGUUUGAAUACAAAGAUGAACAUUUCCAAAAGCUUGUGAAAUGCGUCCGAGACAACUUCCGGAUCAUGAGCUCAUGCUGGGGAUUGCUAUACAACAUAUGCCCAAGUGUUAUGAAGCACCUACCUGGACCGCACCGUAAAAUCUUGGAAAACUUUGUUUUUCUGGCAACCUUUAUCAAGAACAAGAUGGAAAAUAACAUGAAGACUUUGGACAGUAAUAACCCAAGAGACUAUAUAGACUGUUUCCUGAUCAAAAUGGAGAAGGAAAAGAAGAAUACAUCAACAUUUUAUAAUCCCAAUACUUUAGUGAUGAGCUCUGUGGGCUUGUUUUUUGCGGGGACAGAAACAGUAACCUUAACACUGAGAUUUAUGCUCCUUUAUUUCAUUAAACACCCCAGUAUAGCAGAAAAAGUCUAUAGAGAGAUAGAUGAAGUCAUUGGCCAACGUCCACCAACGUAUGAGGACAGACACUAUAUGCCUUAUACAGCGGCUUUUAUAAAUGAGGUCCUGCGGUAUGCUGAUGUAAUACCAUUGUCUCUUCCUCACAAACUGACCGCGGACACUCAGAUUGGCAAUUAUAGAUUCAAGAAGGGAACAGCUUUCACGCCAUUACUUUCAAGUGUACACAAUGACAAGUCACUGUUCAAUAAUCCGGAGAAUUUUGACCCAAAUAACUUUUUGAAUGAAAAUGGGGAACUAAAGAAGACAGAAUCGUGGUUUCCGUUUUCUGCAGGUAAGAGGCUAUGCCUGGGCAAGAGCUUGGCAGUUGUGGAACUCUUUAUUUUUACCACCACACUGUUACAGAACUUCACGAUCAAGUCAUCGGUGCCACCCGAAAAGAUCUCAGUCACUCCAGUAGGAGUUGGGCUUGGGCACAUUCCUCCCAGCUUUGAGGCAUGCUUUUUACCCCGUAUGUGUUCUUCAGAAUAAUAUGAUUAUAACUUCUCUGAACUGUUCAUAAGUGCAGCAAGCAACUUGGUUGUGGAGAAGGACUGUAACAUUCUAAAUAUUAUGAGCUUAUGGAAUAAUUCACCAUUUUGUGUCUCUUAAAAAGCACCUAUUUUUUGUGUCAUACAGCAUCUUUACAAAUGUGGACAUGUUUGGUGUUAUUAAGUUAUUAAAGAAAUGGGCAAAGAUCAACUUUAGGAUCAAAUGGAAUUACAAAGAGACUAGACGCAGUGCUGAAAUGCAGAGCUACUAUAAGGGUAGUACCAGUUAUACUGCCGUCAGGGGACCAUACUCUACUGUGGGCUGGUGUCACACUAUUUACAAGGGGAGCAACAAAGUUUUACUUACAAGUGUCCCUGUCAUGUCUGAAUUUUUUCUAAAUAACUGGCAAUUUAAAAUUCUAGGCAUGGGGUAUAACCAGAGAUUGUAUGACCCUCAGCUAAAAAUUAUAGUUGCAAAAAGACUGCUGCAGGGCUUGUUGCAAAAGUCAGCAUGAAUAACGCACAUUGGUGACCAUUUUGGUCACCAUCUUUUUGUCCCUCCCAGAACACAACAUCCCCCUCAAAUACCCCCUGCCAGAACAGGACACCCUCCCUAUCUAAUACCCCUUGCCAGAACAUGACACCUUCCUGUCUUCUACCCCCUCCCAGUACAUGACUUCCCCACCUAAUAUCCCUCCCAGUCCAUGAUAUACAAAUCUUAUAUCUCCUACCAGUACAUGACACCCCCCAUACUACCCAGCUUCUAACAAUCCUUGUUGUAAUCCAUCCACAACAUUAAACUUAAAGGGGUACUCCCCUGCUCAGCAUUUGGAACAAACUGUUUCAAACGCUGGAGCCGGCGCCGGGAGCUUGUAACGUCAUAGGGGGCGUGACUGCAGUUUGUUACAAACGCUGAGCAGCAGAGUACUUCUUUAACUAAUAUAUGAUUUUUCCCUUUCCCUUCUUUAAAGCGGUUGUCCAGUGAAAAACAACUUAUCCCCUAUCCAUAGGAUUGGGAAUAAGUGUCUGAUCAUGGGGGCUACAGCCGAUGGGACCUCCGGCUCUUACCUGCAGAUGGUACGCGCUACAUUCAUUCCUAUGGGAGCACCGAAGAUACCCAAGUACAGUACUCGGGCAUCUUUGGCAUUCCCGAAGAAAUAAAUGUAUGACAUAGCAUCUAUAGCAUGCACUCUCUCUCUCUAUGAGCUGGGGCCCAGUCCUGGAUGUCAUGGGAGUCCCAGUGGCCGCGCACCCAGCGGGUGAAAGGAAGCAGGUUCAUAUUUAUAGCCUUGUUGUCUGUCUCAGUGUCAGGGCCCCUGUUGUGCAAAUUUCCUCAUCUACAGAAACCGCUACUUCAGGCCAUGUUGCUGAGCAUUAAACAGACAACUCACUAAGUUAUGGACUAUGAGGCCCAACUGCAACCACUGCAUCUCUUAUACCAAUGAUUAUAGAGUCCUAUUUAUUAUGCAGUAAUAUGCGAGAAAAGGCAACCUGGUUCUUAACCUGGUGCCCUAUAUAUCACUUGAAGUACACUAUAGUCCCUCUCUCCUAUGGAUUUACUGACAUAUAGCAUAAACUACAAUACAAUUAUAUAAUUCCUUUUCAUUUUAUGAUCAGUGGGUUACUGUCCAUGAUAAAAUGUGUAACAAUUGUCCAUAGGUGUCUAACAAAUGUUUGCAAUAGGGUACAAGAUGGAGGUUGUUGAGGAUAAUCAGGAGUUCGGGCCCCUGACCAUUUGUCUGUAAAAAGCCGAUAUUCAGCCCUCUAACAUUUCUCCAAGGAUUUCAUUUACAAUGAUUUGCUGUUAUACAGUUGCUUACAGUAAAUGCUUCAUAGCAAUAUUUGUAUUAUAGUGGAUAUGUUGGGAUAUACCUUUUGUGUUUUUAUACCUUUCUGAUGUUGUAAUCUAAUGCAUAUAGUGAUGAGUGGCAGGGGACAUGUUCGAAUUCACAAUAUUUGGCAAAUAUAUGGACGAAUAUUCGUCCUAUGUUCAUGAAAUUUGCAUAUUCGCUAUGUUUGUUCAUUUUUUUUCCAUGUCAAAAUUGUAAUGAAAUUAAUAUAGUGCACAUGCGUGAUUAUAUCUUUAAACUGACACUAUACCCUACACUAGAACCUAUCUGCUAAACUAACCUACCCUAUCUUAAGCUGAAAGAAGGGUGGGAUCAGUGUCCUCUGGAAGUGCCGAUGUUCGCGAAUAUUUGCAUAUUUACAUAUACUAAAUAUUCGCGCUCCACACCGACUUCCACAGUAAAUAAUAUUGGAGCCUUCUUUGGACCACAAGCUGGAAGCAUUUUGAAUAUUCACGCUCAACACAUAUGUAUACACUCUCAAAAUAAAAUUAUUUGCUCUCUCUAUUCAUUGUGUCAAUCUAUUGGCAAAUAUUUAUGCUGUUUACUGUGUCAGAAUUUAUAGAAAAGAUGUUGUUACUAUAUGGGCUACGACAAGUGAAAGCUUAAGUGACUUUUAAGUGAUGCGUUUCAUUGCACAUGUGCGGCUUCAUCAGGCAGCCGCCUGAUGAAGCCGCACAUGUGCGGUGAAACGCGUUGCAUUGUUACAUUGUUUUAGAUUAAAUUGUAUAUCCUACCUGUGGUUGUUCCUGUCAGCACCGUAUUUCAAACCUGCAGCUCCUUACAGAAGUCCCCGAUUUGUUCAGCUAUGUACUCUCAAGCAGGCCAUAUAAAUAAAACAAAAAUACAAAAAAGAAAGUAGAACGAGAGACACCGCACAAUCUCAUAUUUUUAUUGUACAAAACAAUUACAGAUGUAAAAAAAAAAUGUUUCUAUACAAAAGCAUCUUUUCUUUACUUAUCCCUAAAUUCAUUGUGGGAAAUUUACUAAUACUGUUGGAUUCACUGUUGCUGGUGUUUCAGACAUGCAAGACUUAAUUUUAGACAAACUUACUAUGUAGGUGCAUGUUUUUCAGUAAAUUUGUCCGGUCGUGCGCCACAAUUUGUCCAUACCAAGUACGGUCAAACAUUACAAAUUUCUGGACACUAACUUAACAUAUGUGUCUGACUCCAGAACUCAUAUGGGGGAACAUCCAGUUUUUGAUAUGUGAAGAAAAAAAUGUAUCAGUCGGAAACAGCAGUAUUUUUUUAUGUAUGAUAUGACAAUAAUAAAGAAGUCAAUUAUUUGUCUGGUGACCACCAAUAUAUUCUGAGAUGAGAGGGAACAAAUAAAGUGAGAAAAGUGUAUUAAGAUUUACGCAUGAUUCAAACUCAUUUCACAAAUUCAAAAAUGAGGAAUCAGCUAGUUUAAAAUUGAUUUAUUAACUGUAGUGAAUCUCUGUGAACGGUUUUCACUCUAUCCAAUUUUGCCGCACACCAUGUGAAAAAGUGGCACCCCUGCACCACUUUUUAAAACAUGCAUAUCUGGUAGAAUAGAUCUGCAUGCAACUGUAAUACUUCAUAAAACUGCCGACACAGCAACCCUGACCAGUCGUGACAAGUCUGCAGACAAGAUGGCUUUGUCUGGCGCAUAGAGAGAGAAACGAAUUACAAGUGCUUGUGAGAAUGGCUGGAUUAUUGGAAAGAUAAAACCAGAAAUGAGUGGUCAAUAGUAAUAAGACUUCUCAAGAAUUUGAUGUUGAAGAGGCAUCAACUAGUGGGACCAGCAACUGAGGAAUCUGGGGGAUCAAGUGCAUCAGAAAAUGAGAUUAUCAACCCUGGUUAACAAAGAAAAAAAUAUUUCCCACAAUUAGGUUCUUAGUAUGUCCACAGUGCUGUUUAUUGAAUGUAAUGUCCCCUUCUCGCUCCUCUUAGCUUGUCACCUUCAUUAUCAUUAGUUCGCUGCUUAGACCAGGGCUGCUUUUGAGAUAUAUCUCUUUCCUUGUUGCGAUCAUGUUGUUUUUUUUCUAUCUGCUUUCAUGGCACCCUACAUUAAUAACCCCUUUCUCCUCUACAUGUAAUCUAUAAUACAGUACAGUAAAUUGUCCAGCAGCACAGUGCCAGCUUGUUAAGUCCAAUACACUUUCUCCAGCACUAUGAUGUAGAAUGGCACAUAGGAGGAGGGCUUGUGACUAGGUGUUGUCCUUUGAUUGGCCAGCUUUGGCCCCGCCUCUGAAAUUAAGAGAAUGAGAAACAGCUGUACACCAUGCACAGAGGCUUCCAGGGGCUAAAUAACAGCAGUGAUUCCUCAAAAUCAUACUUGGUGCCACUCUUACAA